GCCCGGGUGCUGCUGGAGCUGGAGCUGGAGCGCUGCUGCGGGCAGGCGGCUUCUCCCCCACCCCCGGGGCUCCGAUGGACGCGGUGCUCCUGGGCAGCGGCCCCGGGCUGCUGCUGCUGCUGGGCCUAGCAGUUUCCAACUGUGUGGGUGACGGCUGGAACGUGACUGCUGACUACGGAGUGAAGAGGCCCGUAUGCAGCUCUCUGGAGGACUGCGCAGAUAAUAUCACGCAGUUGCGUCGGAGAGGGCACUUUUCUAAGUGCCCCGAGGAAUACAAGCAUUACUGUGUGAAAGGGCGAUGUCGCUAUGUAAUGGCAGAAGAGACACCAGCUUGCGUCUGCGAGAAAGGCUACACUGGCGCAAGAUGCGAGCGAGUGGACAUAUUCUACCUGAGAGGAGACCAAGGCCCCGUUGUAGUGAUUUGCUUGAUCGUUGCAAUGGUGGUGCUGGUUGGCCUGAUAAUAUGCAUAUGCAUAUGCAGUCAUCACUGUCGGAAGCGCCGCCGGAGGAGCAAGGAAGAAGAAAUGGAAACGCUAGAGAAAGAUUUGCCUACCAAACAGGAGGGUAUCCUGGAGACGGACAUCGCAUGAAGGUUACUGAAGGCACCUGCAGGCAGGUUCCAAACAGCACCAUGUCUUGCUCCAUUGGAGAGGGACACAGAAGGUCUAUUGCCUGGAUAAUAAAUGCAGAUGAAUGAUAACAGGUGUUUUUACAUUAUUUGUAGCUAUGUCUUGUGAAAACAGAGGCCACAAGUGCUAUUGAAAGUCUUCUUCUAAAUCUCUUGGCCUUAAUACGUUUUGAGCAAGUGUAGCUAACGUUUAUCAGGAUAACCAAUAGGUUUUUUGUAACAAAUUAAUGCGUUAUGGUUCUGGCAUAUGGAAUGAGUUUUGUGUCAGGGGUUCCCAAUCCAUGUUACUGUUUGAUUACAUGCUAUUGCUCCACAGGACCCUGCCUCAUUCAGUGCGCAGGAUGGACGGUGCGCUAGGAGAGAAACACGGUUAUGUAGUGAAGGAGGCUGUUGUCUGUCGGGCCCCUGCCUCACUUGUUGCAACUGAAAGGUGUGUAAUGGAUGAGGCAGGCCUUGCAGGGAGAGAGGGAAUGGGCUCCUGGGUAAGACAGUUGGAUGCUGCCCUGGAGAAUUGGAUUCUAGCCCUUCCUUUGCCACAGAGUUCCUAUGUGAUGCUGGGCAAGUCUCUUACACCAAAAUGCUCAGUUGGCCAUGAAUUGUGUGCCUCAUUUUCUGGGUGCCCUGUUUGAGAUACCUGAGACCAGAGUUGCAGAUGUGCUGAGCACUCGGAUCUGCUGCUGGAGUUGUGCUUUCAACAUCUCCAAUGCUGUAUAAUGCUAGAUUUUCUAGAAAAUCAGGCGGUAGGCCUCUCAAACUGGGCAUCCAAAAUUAGUGGACACUUGAUAAUGACCUUCAUCUCUCUGCUUCGGAUCCCCAGCUGUAAAACUGUAGUCCCGUCCCUAAGCACGGAGGCACUGGAGCAUGUCAAUUUAACAGCUGUAAGAACUUAUUUUUUUAACUUGGGCAAAACAAAAUUUUUCCUAAUCUUGUCAUCAGAAACAGCUGAACCAUUUUAGCUGAAACUUUCCAAAAUAGAAACACCCAUCAUGGAAAGUCUCAGACCAAACAGUCUUACAAAGUUACAAGCAACUGAAAACAAUCGCAUAAUGGAAAGUAGGAGGCACCCUUAACUAUAGGUAGGUAUGACAGUGUUAGACUUAUGAUUUUGACAGAUAAUAACUAAGUUUAUUUUUAAGAUAUUUUUUUCCCUAUUUUUAUCUUUUUCAGUUGUGGGAAA